AUGGUCGAGCCUAGAAGGAAAAAUAGCAAGCACAAGGUGGGUUUUUGUAUGCUCACACAAGGGUUCGUUGAAGUUGUGAACAGAGUAGUUGGAUUAUGCAGUGGCCUCACUGCUGCUGAUACUGUGUAUGACCAUGACACUUUUAGCAAAGAUGACAAAAUGGGAGAUGCAGAAUUUGACAUCUUUCCCUUUAUAGAGGCCUCGAAGAUGAACUUAACUGGCCUUCCAAAUGGUACUGUAGUCACAAGAAUACAACCAAGCAAGCAUAAUUGCCUGGCAGACGAGAGCUGCAUAACUUAUAGCAAUGGCAAGGUUGUCCAAGAUAUGAUCCUUAGAUUGCAAAAUGUGGAGUGUGGUGAAGUGGAAAUCCAAUUGCAGUGGAUUGAUCUUCCUGGUUCUAAGGGUUUAUGA